AUUUGGAAACAAAGUGGAGUUAAUGCUACUGCAGAAUCUCAUUACCUGUUCUAGCUAAACUUUCUAUUCUAAGAACAUAGUAGUUUGUGUACAUUAUUGCUGAACUUUAAUACCAAAAAAGAAGAAGAUUAUUGCUAAACAUCUAAAGGCCACAAUUAUAUACACUUGUUUUUCACUUCCAUCUUCAUCAGAAUCAAAAACCAAACACUGAGAAAAAAAAAUCUCCAUCACUAUGACAUUCCUUGGAAUGUUUUUUCUGAUUCUGCUCCAGUUCUUCAACUUACACAAUGUUUCAGCAAGUUCUUGGCAGACACUAAGUGGGAAACCUCCUGUUGUAAUUGCUAGAGGCGGGUUCUCUGGUGUGUUUCCAGAUUCCAGUAGUAAAGCAUAUGAGUUGGUCAGUGUGACCACUUCACUAAACCUAGCUCUGUGGUGUGAUCUUCAACUAACAAAGGAUGGUGUUGGAAUCUGCUUCCCUAAUCUAAAUCUCUACAAUGAUUCUGAUGUCAAAGACGUUUACCCAAAUAAGAAUGAAUGGUUCUCUGUUGAUUUCACAUGGAAGGACCUCUCUGAUGUGAACUUGGUCCAGAACGUUAAGUCACGAUCAGGAGUUUUCGACGGUUCCUACCAGAUAUUAACUGUUGAAAUUGUAGCAGAACUAGGAGCUCCAGGCCUCUGGUUAAACAUUCAGAACAGUGCUUUCUACCGGCAACAUAAUUUGAGUAUGAGAAACUAUGUUGUCUCUCUAUCAAAACGCGUGGACUUCAUAUCUUCUCCAGAGAUCAGUUUCCUUAAGAGCAUGAAAAAGGAUGUGACAAAGCUCAUCUUUAGGUUUCUGAAUCAAGAUCAGAUAGAGCCCUUCACAAACCAAACUUACAGCUCUCUUUCCAAGAACCUAAGCUAUAUAAAAACGUUUUCAUCUGGAAUCCUUGUUCCAAAGUCUUACAUAUGGCCAGUAGGUUCAGAUCUUUACCUGAAACCCCACACGUCCCUUGUCACAGAAGCUCAUAGACAAGGCUUACAAGUUUUCGCCUCGGAGUUUGCCAAUGAUUUUGUGUUUGCUUAUAACUACAGCUAUGAUCCAACAGCUGAGUAUUUAUCUUUUAUUGACAGUGGAAACUUCUCUGUUGAUGGUUUCUUAUCAGACUUCCCAGUGACUCCAUACCGAGCCAUCAGUUGCUUCUCUCAUUUAGACACCAAAGAAGAUGAGGAGCCUGCUGUUGUUACUAUUAUCUCGAACGAUGGAGCUAGUGGAGACUUCCCAGGGUGUACUGACUUGGCAUAUGAGAAAGCUGUUAAGGAUGGGGUUGACAUUCUUGAUUGCAAUGUUCAAAUGUCCAAGGACAAGAUCCCCUUUUGCAUGAGCUCCAUAGAUCUUCUCAACACCACUAAUGUCUUUAACACAAGCUUCAGAAACCUGUCAUCAACAGUUGCAGAGAUUCAGCCUAAAAGCGGAAUCUAUACUUUCAGCUUGACUAUGUCUCAGAUAAAAACAUUGAAGCCUGUUAUCUCGAAUCCUAAAGAGGAUCAUGCUCUAUUCAGAAACCCAAGAAACAAAAACGUUGGAAAGUUUCUUACGUUAUCAGAGUUUCUGUUUCUUGCAAACCGUUACAACUCUCUCUUAGGCGUCUUGAUAAAAGUGGAGAAUGCAGUGUACUUAGCUAAACAUCAAGGAAUCAGCGUGGUGGAUGCUGUGCUAAAUAAGACGGAGAGACUAACUACUCAAGAAGGCCAGACAACUUCAAUAGCAAUCAUGUUCCAGUCUACUGAUAAGUCUGUAUUAAUGGACUUUAAAGAAAAGAAGCUAAUAUAUCCUGAUGAACUUGUCUAUAGAGUGGAUGAAGACAUACGUGAUGUCACAGAUUCAGCAAUCAAAGAGAUCAUGAGUUUUGCAGGCACUAUUGUCAUCAGUAAGGAGUCUGUCCUUCCUUACAAUGGAGGGCUUGUUAAAAAGAAGACAGAUGUUGUUGCUAGGCUGAAAGCAAGUGGGUUUCGUGUGUACGUAGAGACGUUUAGCAACGAGUUUGUAACUCAACCGUUUGAUCUUUUCUCGGAUUCAACUGUAGAGAUAGACUUCUUUGUCCAAGCUGUUAAGAUUGAUGGCAUCAUCACUGACUUCCCAGCGACCACUGCAAGAUACAGAAAGAGCCAAUGCUACAGAGAGAUGAGUAUGUUUAGAACCGGUGAGCUCUUGCCUUUCGGGAAUCCAAGGCUUCUUUCACCAGCUCAAGCUCCUUAUCCAUUACUAGUUGAGUCAGAUGUCAUGGAACCACCACUUCUUGAUGUAAAAAGCAAGAACUCUACGCCAACAAAGGCAAUGGCAAAAGCAAUACAAGUUUUCUCUCCGGUUAGGACCAUGGCGGUUCUUGUGAUCUUCUUUAUCUCAGUUUAGUGUACUGAAGUGCUUAACUUCAACUGCAGUAUCUGGCAGUAGAACUAUGAAUAACAACGUUUUAAUUAGUAUGUCAUUCUUCUUUUAAUAUUUCUAUAAUAUAUCUAGACAUUUCAAAAUAUGAUGAGGAUAUUAAGGAAUUUGGCAAUGGAUUUUUAU